AUGGCCUCUUCCACACACACAACGGAAGAUGUUCAACUAUCCAUCGUUCAGUCAUCUCCCAAUCCCGUUUAUGAGCUCUACCCCCAUCGCUGGUAUGGUCUUACACUACUCUUUUUCCUCAACCUUACGAACAAUCUCUAUUGGCUUACGUUCGCUCCAGUUACGGAAAUAUCCGCAAAUUACCUUGCGGUGUCAGACACGGCUGUGACUCUAUUAGGGACUAUUUUUCUUAUAGUAUUUGUCAUAAUGUCACCAUGUGCUGGCUUUAUGUUGGAUAGAUGGGGAUUGCGAAAGUCUUUAUUAUUUGGUGCGUUCUUGAGUGCUUUGGGCGGCUGGAUUAGAUAUUCAGGGUGUUUGGUAAACGCUGUUAAGGGCCGAUAUGCAAUAAUAAUUAUUGGGCAGAUUGUCUGUGCAGUCAGCAAUUGCAUAUUCCUAACGGCGCCAACCAAUUUCGCAAUGACCUGGUUCAGUGACGGUGGAAGGACGACAGCAAAUAUGGUUGGAUCGGUUGCAAACCCACUCGGAGGAGCUGUAGCUCAAAUUCUUAUCCCGAGUGUUGUUACUGAAGAGAGUCGUCUUCCGCUCGCUUUAAUUCUGACUGCAUCAAUAGCGACUGUGACUGCGAUUCCAGUGUUAUUCUUGAGAGACAAGCCUCCAUCUUAUCCGUCGUUCUCUGCGUCCCAGCCGCCGGAGAAGUUUGGUUCCGGAUUUAAGAAACUAUUGACAAAUUGGAACUUUUUGGUCAUCUGGAUUGCGUUCACAACGAUAGUUGGCUUCUUCAGCGCUUUUCUGAUAUUGAUGAACGAUAUCCUGUCACCGUAUGGAUAUGAUGAGACCAAGAGUGGAAUAAUUGGCGCAGUUACAAUAUUGAGUGGAUUGGUUGGCGCGGGGAUUUCAGGACCAUUGAUUGAUAAAACAAAGGCAUAUAAGACGCUUAUUAAGAGUGUUACGCCUGUAGUUGGAGUCGGAUUUUUUUUACUUCCUUUCGUUGUACGAGAAAACGCUUAUGCUGAAAUUGCGAUCGUUUGCAGUCUUAUCGGAUUUCUAUCCUUUUCGUUGCUGCCAGUUGCCUUGGAAAUUGGUGUUGAAUGCACAUUUCCGGUAUCUGCUAAUACAUCAGCAGCUAUUCUGUGGCUUGGAGGUCAGGGUGGCGGAGUAAUAUUUACAAUUGUAAUGGAUCAAUUGAGACUUCCUGAUGAUGCCAACAGGCCGCGAGAUAUGAAAAGAAGUUUGUACUUCCAGGGUAUAGUUGCAUUGGUCUUAUCAUUUACAGUUUUAUUUUAUAAUUCGAAGAAUUUGAGGUUGGAAGCAGAAACAGCUGUCACGAAAAGGAAUCAGAUGGAGAAAGCCGAGACUAAUGAUGGUAACUGUCAAGAGCGAGAAACAGCCGGUUUACGAAGCGAUGGAAAGUUGAAACAAGGAGAUCGCUCUCAACUUCCUCUGCCCGUAAACAUGUGUUCUGACGGAUACGUGGUGGCAGAACAAGAAUUAAACCCGGAUAUGGAUUAUUUUCGAACUAAAUGCGUAAGGAAUGGGAAGGUUUCACGCGACGAAAUGAUGUUCCAAGUGCAAAAAAGUGAUAACCCAACGGAACAGCUUUUGGUAACCUUUCCCAAUGAGAAAACUGUUGGUGUGAAAUAUUUAAAACAGAUCUGUACAAAAAUGGUAGACCAACGCGUCUCUCGCGGAAUAAUAGUCUAUCAAGGCACCUUGACAUCUGCUGCGAACAAAGCCAUUCAAUCUCUAAACCAAGGAAUUAGUGACAGGGGACCCGACACCUUUACAUAUGAAUUGGAUACGUUCUCAGAGUCGGAACUUUUAGUUAACAUUACCGAGCAUCAAUUAGUACCGCAUCAUACUCUAUUAACAGAUGAAGAGAAAAAAGCCUUGCUAAAGAGAUAUAGACUAAAGGAAACACAAUUACCAAGGAUUCAAAUAACUGAUCCCGUGGCAAGAUACUACGGUUUGAAACGCGGUCAGUGA